CUGCCGUCCCGCCUGACCACUUUCCCCCGCGCCCAGCGAACACCGCAGCCCGCCCCGUGGCCACGCCUUUGCUCAGGCCGUGCCUCUGCUGCUGGCCGGGAACGCCCAUUCACCCGCCGGGACAGCCGCGGCGCGCCCGAGCCUCGCACUACUCUGCAAACACCAAUUCCGAAUACCCUGCCUCGGAAGUAUCACAGGGACUCCCCGGGCUCCCAAACGCGUAUCUCCUCUGGCUGGAAUGGGAGCCUCCAGAAGCAUUGUGAGGCCUCGGCCAGCCGCUGAGUUCCUGGCGCAGACCGAGUGACGCCAUUUUUAUUACUGGUAGAGCUCGGCUUGGCGGCUGUUUCCGAGCGUGCGAGAGAGAAGCUAAGGCAUCGUCCAGACCCACCAAGGAGGGCUGGAAGGGAAAGGGAGUUUCGGGGGAUGUUGAGCCCAUUUGUGCAAACAGGAAGCAAAGCCCGGCUUGAGAAGGAGCUUUUGGGUCCUGAGAGCAGAGCCAGGGAACCAGUGACAUUUGAGGAUGUGGCUGUGGACUUCACCCAGGAAGAGUGGCAGCAGCUGGACCCUGCUCAGAAGACCCUGCACAGGGAGGUGAUGCUGGAGAUCUAUAGCCACCUGGUCUCUGUGGGGUACUCAGGUAUAACACCAGAUGUAAUCUUGAAGUUGGAACAUGGAGAGGACCCGUGGAUCAUAGAGAGUGAGUUGUCAAGGUCCAACUCAGACAGGGAGAAAAGCCUUGAUGCUUCCCAGCAGAUCAUUUCUGGAGAACUUUCAUUUCAAAAGGAGAUAUUGGAAAGAGCCCCAAAGGAUAAUUCACUGUACUCUAUCUUAAAAGUCUGGCAUAUUGAUGGUCAGAUAGAUAGAUAUCAAGGAAAACAAGACAGAGUUUUGAGGCAGGUCACAGUAAUCAGCCAUGAAACACUGACCAAAAAGAGAAUCCCCAAAUAUAAUACGUUUGGAAAAAUAUUCAGUGGGUGCAUAGAAUUUGAUCCUUCAAGUAAAAAACUCCAUAGUCUUCAUUCAUGUGAAAAGAGAUUGAAAUAUAAUUUAGACUCACUGACUUGUAAUAGGAGCUAUGCAAGAAAGAACCCCAUUGAGAGAUUAGGAUGUGGGAGACCACCUAGCUAUAGUGCUUCCUGUUCUGUGCCUGAGAAAAUUCACACUGGAAUGAAAUCCUGUGGACAUAGUCCGUGUGAAAAAGUUCUCAAUCAUGAGCAAACCCAUAUUCAAAACAAGAAAGUUCAAGCUGGGGAGAAACCCAAUGUUUGUAGUGUGUGUGGGAAGGGCUUUAUUAAGAAGUCACAGCUCAUUAUACAUCAAAGAAUUCAUACUGGAGAGAAACCGUAUGUAUGUGGAGAUUGUGGAAAAGCCUUCAGUGAGAAAUCACACCUCAUUGUGCAUCAGAGGAUUCAUACUGGGGAGAAGCCUUAUGAAUGUACUGUGUGUGGGAGGACCUUCUCCCAGAAGUCGCCCUUCAUCGUUCAUCAGAGAGUCCACACUGGAGAGAAACCCUAUGAAUGUUUUGAGUGUCAAAAAGCCUUCUCCCAGAAGUCACAUCUUAUUAUACAUCAGCGAGUUCACACCAGAAAGAAGCCCUUUGAAUGCAGUGAAUGUGGGAAAGCCUUCUGUGAGAAGUCUCACCUUUUUAUACAUCAGAUAACUCAUACUGGGGAGAAACCCUAUGAAUGUACUGAAUGUGGGAAGACUUUCCCUCGGAAAACACAGCUCAUCAUCCAUCAGAGAACGCAUACUGGAGAGAAACCCUAUAAGUGUAGUGAAUGUGGGAAAACCUUUUGCCAGCAGUCCCACCUCAUAGGACAUCAAAGAAUUCAUACAGGAGAGAAACCUUAUGUAUGUACCGACUGUGGGAAGGCCUUUUCCCAGAAGUCACACCUCACUGGACAUCAAAGGCUUCAUACUGGAGAGAAACCUUAUAUAUGUACAGAAUGUGGAAAAGCCUUCUCUCAAAAAUCACCUCUUAUUAUACACCAGAGAAUUCAUACAGGGGAGAAACCCUAUGAGUGUAGUGAAUGUGGCAAAACCUUCUCCCAGAAAUCACCCCUCAUUAUUCAUCAGAGAAUUCAUACAGGGGAGAAACCCUAUGAGUGUACUGAGUGUGGGAGGGCCUUUUCCCUGAAGUCACAUCUCAUUAUACAUCAGAGAGCUCAUACUGGAGAGAAACCAUAUGAAUGUAGUGAAUGUGGAAAGGCCUUCUGUGAGAAGUCUCCACUAGCUGUCCAUCAGAGAACCCAUACUAGGGAGAAACCCCCUGAAUGUGCUGAGUAUGGGAUAAACAUUUCCCAGAAAUCACAAAUGAUCACAUAUCAGAGAACACACACGGGGGAGAAACCCUCCAAAUGCAGUGACUGUGGGAGCGUCUUCUGCCAGCAUAUACACCUCACUGGACAUCAGAAUCUACAUGGGAGAGAAACUUUACAUACAUACUGAUUGUAGGAAGGUCUUUUCCCAGAAAUCGGACCUUGUUGUGCAUGGGAAAACUCACACUGAACAGAAAUCCUGUGGGCAUGUUGGACAUGAAAAAAUGUGGCACCUCCUCAACUGUAGAAUAGACUCAUAUAUUCCUAAUUAUGUCUGAUUACCCCUCCACAGAAUAAUCUGGUCAGGCCCUUAGAGUGUUUUCAACACUGUAAAUAUGGAAUGGAUUUGCUCACCCUCAAAGUAUCUCAGCCCUCUUCACAGAAUAAAUGCAUCUGGAACAAUGAGCACUGCUUUGGUAUUGUUUAGUUUUUAAAGGUUUUGUAGAAUUUUCCUGGGAAUUUAUUUGGGCAUAGUGGAUUAUUUGAAGGAUAUCUCUUUGUCAUCUUUUUCUA